CCCAGACCCAAAAAAAAGAAGAAGAGGAAAAUACUGCAAAUAUAUGGAAGCUGUUUUGCUGGAAAGCAAGUUCGUGCCUAAUUGAUGGAGGUGAACAAUAGAGACAAAGCGGGGGGAGGCCAAACUCAAGAUGCUUUUCCUAAUCGUAACCCUAGCUCUCCUCAAACCAGAGGAUUCAAGGGAAAAUCUUGUAAAGGAUGCCUGUAUUACUCAUCAGUUCAGAAAUCUAAAUCCAAGAAUCCCACAUGCGUUGGCUUCUCCAGAACGCUUCAGCAAGGUUUUCCGUCUGUGCUCGUACCCUCCUCUGUCGUGGGAGAAACUGAGUUGGAAGCAACAAAAAAGGGCCGCAAUCUUACUGAUUUCAAGUAUGCGUGUGUUGGACACUCUGUCUACAUAGACAACAAAAGUUCUUCAGCUGACCCCCAGGACAAAACAGCAAUAUUGCCCUUUUGCCUUGGUCUGGAGGUGUUGUUAGAUAAAGCACCUUCAUCUGCUGCUGCUGGACAUGUUCAAGCCCCUGCCCAGAAAAAUGAUGAACAUGGAAAUGCUCAACCUCAACCACAACCACAACUACAACCAAGGAGAUAUAAACCUCCAAGCCCCACUAAAGAGGAAUAUUUUAACAGGUUUCUAAGAAAUGCAGACUUGGUUGCAUCAGGCGUUGUGAGAAACUUGUACAGGGUGGGCAGCUACGUGAAGGAUACAGUAGAUGACAUUCUAUCUCCUUAUCGCAGAGGACCAAAGUGAUGCUGAUUGUUUUGACUUUGAUGCCAAAUGAAUUUCAAUUUUGGAUGUUUACAAUUUCUCUCAUCAAAAUCGACGUAUUGAUAUGUUAGGCUUAAAGCAAUACAAGCGACCCUUGUAAUUAUGAGCUGUAAUAAGAGAUUUAUUUCAGUUAGCAGUCAAAUUUUGGGCCAACGAGAAGGGUUGGCGAUGAAAUAGCAAACGCCUGACGUUAUAAUGUCCAAGGAUAACGCCAAAUAAUUUCGAUGGUUGUCGGUAAUUAAGAGGGGUUUCAAACUCCAAUAGUGCAAGCGAUUCCAUGUAUCAGUGUUUUAUGAAUUGCGACGUUUUUUUUAUUAAUAUAGAAGUUAGUAUGAUUUUUAA